AUGGAGGGCACCGCACCCUUCGUGUAUGAAGGCGCGACCCAUCACACCUGGUACAAGGUCGUCGGGGAUCUCAACCAUACCAGCACCGCCCGCCGACCCCUCGUCAUCCUGCAUGGCGGUCCCGGGAUGUCGCACCAUUACAUGCUACCCCACGCACAGCUGCACGCACUCUUCGGCAUCCCCGUUGUGUUUUACGACCAGCUCGGCAUCGGGCGGUCCACCCACUUGCGAGACAAGCCAGCGGGUUUCUGGACCAUGGAUCUCUUCAUGGACGAGCUCGACAAUCUACUCGCGCAUCUCGGCAUCCAUUCCAACUUCGACGUGCUGGGGAACUCGUGGGGCGCGAUGUUCGCGGGACACUACGCAGCCGUGCGUCGGCCUGCCGGGAUGAAGCACUUCGUGAUUGCGAACGGCGGUGCGUCGAUGGCGCUUUGGGAAGUUGGUCUGAAGCAGCUGCUGAAACGUCUCCCUGACGACGUGAGAGAGGCUAUUGAGCGUGGCGAGCGCGAGGGGAAGCGGGACACGGAGGAGUACAAUGCUGCCAUGAAGGUAUUCCAGAUGAAGCACAUCUGCAAGGUAGAUCCGUGGCCCGAAGACCUCGUUACGUCGUUCGCUGCAACGGACGAAGACCCGACUGUGUCCAGCGCUAUGAUCGGCCCGUCCGAGUUUAACGUCAGCGGGACGCUCAGGACCUGGGGCAUCGUCGAGGAGGUGCAGAACAUUACUGCGUCGACACUCCUGAUCAACGCGUAUGACGAUACAGCGCAGGACGUCUCUCUGAUGCCCUUCUUCUUGAAGGUGAAGCAGGUCAAGUGGGUGCAGUUCGCGUACAGCUCUCACCUACCGGCAUUCGAGGAGCCAGCCAGAUACUUCGAAGUAGUUGGCCGUUUCCUGACUGAAUCCGUCCCUCCCGUCUCCAUAGGUGGUACCGCUGGCUGCGUAGUCGCAGGCCGCCUGGCGGCAGCAGACCCUUCUCUGCGCAUCCUCGUCCUCGAAGCGGGCCCUCCAACGCACGAAGAUCUCGCGCAUGUCCAGCCGGCACGCUACCUCACCCACCUUCUGCCUGGGAGCAAGACGAUCAAGCUUUAUGAAGGCAAGGAGAGCGAGUUCCUGGACGGGAGGAAGCCUGUCGUGCCUUGUGCACAGUGCUUGGGUGGCGGGUCGAGUGUCAACUUUGCGAUGUAUGCACGCGCGGCAGCCUCGGACUACGACGAUUGGGAGACGGUGUACGGGAAUCCGGGAUGGGGCUCGAGGGACCUUCUUCCACUUCUGAAGAAGUGCGAGACAUACCAGGUAGCACCAGGCAAGGAGACUCACGGAUACGAAGGGCCGCUAAAGGUGUCAUACGGAGGUCACUUCACGAAUCUCGGGCAACAAUUCCUCGAUGUGGCGAGUCGGUACGACAAGACGCGCAGAGUGAUUGAGGACCCCAAUGACCUAGGCGAAUGCAACGCAUACGCGAGGUGGCAAAAGUGGAUUGACAAUGAGAAGGGAACACGGUCCGAUGUGCCACACCACUACAUCUACAACCAAGCGCACAACAAGAACCUCAUCAUCAUGACCGGGUUCCACGUCAAACGAGUCAUCUUCGACGGGAAACGCGCAGCCGGCGUGGAAUACGUGCCCAACAUCCGGGUACAUCCCGAUUUUGAACAAGGAGAGGUCCACGUAGCCAGGGCUGCACGCAUGAUCGUGCUCUCCGCGGGAGCCUUCGGGUCCCCGGCGAUCCUGGAGAGGUCUGGCAUCGGCGCAGAUCAUCUCAUGCGGUCGCUCGGUAUUGAGACCACCGUCGAUCUACCUGGUGUCGGCGAGAACUAUCAAGACCACGACGUCUGCUUCACGCCAUACCUCGUAGGAGAGGAAGCAGACACUCUAGACGGGAUCAUCCGUAGUGAACCGGAGGAGCUUCAGAAGUGGUCUGCGCAAUGGCUAGCGAAAGGUGACGGGUUGAUGGCUCACAACGGCGUCGAUGCAGGUAUCAAGAUACGACCCUCCGAGAAAGAGCUAGAAGACAUUGGCCCUGAAUUUCGACAGCGAUGGUACGAAUACUACGCCAACUCACCCGAUAAACCAGUCUUCUGGCUUGGUGCCCUCUCGAUGUUCGUUGGGGACCCGUCCACAGUACCAGCGCGGAAAUACUGUUCAGCGGAUUAUUUCCUCGACUAUCCGGCGUCCAUCGGGUAUGUCCACAUCACGUCUGCUGGCGACGUGAACGCUGCUCCGGAUUUCGACCCGAAGUACUUAAGCCGUCGGGAGGACGUCGUGCUUCUUCGCUGGGCGUACAAACGCGGCAGGGAGAUAAUGCGGCGUAUGCCGCUGUACCGCGGAGAAUACGCCCCUGCACACCCUCAAUUCCGCGUGGACAGCGAUGCGGUGUGCCUGCAAGAAAGACUACCUGUCGGUAUCUCCGCACCGGACAUCGCCUAUACGGCGGAGGAUAACGAGGCCAUCGAUAAUUUCCUGCGCAAGUACGUCGCGACGACUUGGCAUUCGCUUGGGACCUGUGCGAUGAAGGCCCGCAGCGAUGGCGGUGUGGUGGAUUCGCGGUUGAGAGUGUACGGAGUCGAAGGGCUCAUGGUAGCAGACCUGUCCAUCGCGCCGGCCAAUGUUUCUGCGAAUACCUAUUCAACUGCUGUCGUAAUCGGGGAGAAAGCAGCGGUGCUCGUCGCAGAAGAGCUUGGUAUACGCGGUAUAUGA